UCCAACCAUGAAAUUGGUAUUGAUUGCAGCCCUCUUUACUAUGGCGUAUGCUGCGCCCGCUGCAGAGCAGAACGAUGUCCUGAAUUACUUAACACAAUUCGGGUAUUUGGAAGCGGCUCAGUUACAUAACCGAUUAAGUGUGGUGGAAGCUGUUAAGAAACUACAAAACAUGGCUCAUAUUCCCGAAACUGGCGUCAUCGACCAGGCAACCAUUGAGUUUACGAAUAAACCUCGCUGUGGGGUUCCCGAUUUUGUGAACGGCCAACCUCGUGCUGCUAGAAAUGUAGCAUGGAGUAAAAGGAACAUCACUUACCAUAUAGGAAAGAAGACCCUAGACCUUACGGAAGAGCAAUAUGCCGAUAACAUGAAACUUGCCCUGGAUACUUGGGCAAAUUACGUCAACUUACAUUUCGAAAGAGUAUCCGACGUCAAAUCUGCUGAUAUUAUAUCCUUUUUCGGGGCAGGAGAUCACGGAUGCGGAUAUCCGUUUGAUGGACCAAACGGUGUCUUGGCCCAUGCCUUUUUCCCGCAACACGGAGACAUUCACUUCGAUAAUGACGAAAAGUGGAACUUGGGCGGUGUAAAUGGAUACGAUUUCUUUAGUGUUGCUCUACACGAGCUGGGUCACUCGCUUGGAUUGGAACACUCCUCUGUUAAGGAAGCGGUCAUGUACCCGACGUACAGUGUGUGGAGUAAACUACAUAAAGACGAUAUCGAUAGGAUACAAAAACUGUAUCCCUAAACUUGCUACUUUGACGUAACUGACUCUUUAUUAAAUGUCCAUCUUGUUAUCGUUGUAGUUUCAACGCAUUAAAUACGUGUACAUACA